AUUUGGUACAUUCAUUCACAGCGGAGUUCAUGUUUUAAGACCUUUUUCUUUUCAGCACGUUUGUAAAUUGCAGGAUGUCUGUCGACAAUGUUUAUGGCCGCGUAGAGCAGUAGAGGAACGCAUGAUAAACAUUCAUAAUAAUUUCGCUUCUGACAUUUUUUCACCCAACACUCGCAAUUCGACUGCCAUCACCCGAUAGGUUAACCAAUCUCUUUACAUAUUAAGUCAGAAGCCGAUUCGUAUCGAUAAUCAAGAAGUCCUUUGCCAACGAGCCUACAGCUCAGUUCAGUAGGCGAUCCAACGAAAACAGAACCACUCACAGAAGAUCUAUAGAGAUGGCGAAGGCAGACCAGCGCUUUGGGCAGAGAGAUGGCUCCGACCAGAACUUUGACUACAUGUUCAAGCUCCUCAUUAUUGGAAACAGCAGCGUGGGGAAAACCAGCUUUCUGUUCCGCUACGCAGACGACUCGUUCAGCAACUCUUUCGUCAGCACAGUGGGCAUCGACUUCAAAGUCAAGACUGUCUACAGGAAUGACAAGAGGGUUAAGCUCCAGAUAUGGGAUACAGCAGGGCAGGAGAGGUACAGGACUAUCACCACCGCUUACUACAGAGGAGCUAUGGGCUUCAUCCUCAUGUACGACAUCUGCAAUGAAGAGUCCUUCAACGCUGUGCAGGACUGGGCUACCCAGAUAAAAACCUAUUCGUGGGAUAACGCUCAGGUCAUCAUGGUGGGCAACAAGUGUGAUGUGGGCGAGGAGAGGGUGGUGCCCACAGAGAAGGGGAAGCACUUGGCUGACCAAUUAGGGUUCGAGUACUACGAGGCCAGCGCCAAGGAGAACAUUAAUGUCCGCCAGGUGUUUGAGCGGCUGGUCGACAUCAUCUGCGUCAAGAUGUCCGAGCGAGUGGACGUGGAGCCGCCCAUGGUCCCCGGCGUCAAGACUACCAGACUCACCGACAAGCCCCCCCAGCUACCUCAGAAGUGCACCUGUGCCUGACUCACACUUAUAGGGCUGAGCCAAGCCAUGCCAAGCCAAGCCGUACUUGGCUGGCCUGGUUACGCUUCUACCAUAGUUGCUGGAACCAUGCUGGAAAAGACCAUUUGAAUAGAAACUAUCCGAGCCAGCACCGUGCGGUUGGGGUUGGCCCUAUAGUAUGAGUGAGGUACUACUGAUUUGGCCCCUUAGUUCUCCACUACUAUACUUGCCAUUCCACUACUGUUCUUUCCCAACUUCCUGUAAAGCUAUUAUAAGUUCCACAAACCUCUUUCCAAAAGGUAGCCAACUAUACAAUGUAAUUUAUCAAGCUACCAAUAACCACUACUACUACCACUACCACUACUACCAAAAACUACUACCACCAAUAACUACUACUACUACUACCACUACUACUACUAUUUACAUAUGUUUCCCCCCUGUAGCUUUGACCUCCAGCUGGUUCAGAGGUCAGGGAACACUAAGCAGGGUAUACAGGUAAGCACAGCAUUGCCUCUCCUCCAAAAAGUGGCUUCACCACCGCACAAAGAAACACAAGACCACAUCAGUUCGCGUUACAAGUUUACACGGGUUAGGAGACAAGCCUCGAUAGCUGCAUAAUCUUCAAAUUCAGAAUCAUUUGGUUUAGUGCUCUUGUUGACCGUCCUUUACAAGCACUAAAGCGAAGACAAACUACCCACUGGGUACAGACGUCAGUUCAAUCUAGUUUUGAUUAACAUUUGGUUGAGUUGUCAACUAACGGGAAUUCAGCGUGAAAU